AUGCCUGCUCGUUUAACACAAGAUUUGCGCAACACUCUCCAAUCUUUGCUCCAACGUGGUCUUUCGUUCUCAAAGAUAAGAAAUUUGUAUCCAGGAGUGGGUAAUUCUACUCUUACAAGACUCAGAAAACUAUAUUGCCCUGACCCAGCUAGACCUCUUGGCGGAAGACCGAAAAAACUUGGUGCUGAAACUAUGUCCCUAGUGUCAAGAGGACUUCGAUCAGGUGCUUUAGAUGAUCCCCGAGUAGCACAAGAAAGUUUAAGAUCGAUGGGCCAUGAUAUAUCAAUUAAUGGCAUCCGCAAGUCAUUGAGACGAAAUGGACUUAAAUCUCGUAGAAAAGUAAAGACCAAUUUUGUUAGCAAGACAAACAAGCGGCUUCGAUUGGCGUGGGCUAAAAAGCAUAGGCAUCUUACUAUUGCUGAUUGGCAUCGUUGGGUGUCUUCGGAUGAAACAAGAAUAAACCUUUGGGGCUCAGAUGGUAAUUCUUUUUACUGGACGAAUGGUGGCCGAAUCAUGCAGUCGUAUCAAGUCAAGUCUCAGUUGCAGGGAAAUGACGGUGGGGUCAUGUUCUGGAGUUGCAUAACAGCGGAGGGGCCUGGUUAUGGUACUACCAUUAUUGAAGACGCAAUAAACUCGGGCUUGUAUGUCGAUAUUUUGAAGACAUCAUUGAACGAUACUCUUGAGCACUUUGGGAAGACACCAUCUGAUGUCCGAUUUCAACAAGACAGAGCAACACCGCAUACAUCGGGCAUUACUAAACAAUGGUUCACCGAAAAUGGGUUUAACCUAGACGAAAUCAUGGAUUGGCCACCCCAAAGUCCCGAUCUUAAUCCCAUUGAACAUGUCUGGCAUCUCCUAAAGCUUCGUCUUAAUAAGUGUCCCACUAGGCCCUCAACAAAAGAUGAAUUAGAGCGGCGUAUUAACAUUCAGUGGUAA